UUCUCACCUCUUCCUUCUUAUUCACUCCCCACAUCUUCGCCAUGUUUUCUCGUCAGGUUUUCCGCCCGGCAGCGACACUGCGCCAGAGCGUCCGCCGAUAUGCAACUGAACCGCCAAAGGGUGGUUCCAGCACUGUCCGAAACCUAGGACUCGUAGCUGCUGCUGCCGCCGUUGGAGGCGCUUACUACCUCAAUUCCGCCAAAUCACCAACUCCAGCAGCGACUGAGUCAAAACCGGCCGGACAACCAAAGCCCGCUUUUACCGGUGGUGACCAGGGUUUCCUCUCAUUAGCUUUGGAAAAAGUCGAGGAGAUCAACCACAAUACCAAGAAGCUCAGGUUCAAGCUGCCUGAAGAGGAUAUGACAUCGGGUCUGCACGUCGCGUCUGCCGUCAUAACAAAGUACAAAGGACCGGAGAUGGAGAAGCCUGUGAUCCGUCCAUACACUCCAAUUAGCGACGUUGACGAUAAGGGCUACCUCGACUUCAUAAUCAAGCGCUACCCGAACGGCGCCAUGUCCGAGCAUAUGCACAACUUGAUCCCCGGACAACGUCUGGAUAUCAAGGGCCCAAUCCCGAAGUUUCCGUGGACACCCAACAAGCAUGAGACAGUUGUUAUGAUUGCCGGAGGCACUGGGAUUACCCCAAUGUGGCAAGUCGCCAAUGCUAUCAUGAAGAACCCCGAAGACCGCACCAAGGUUACCCUCAUUUCGGCCAACAUCACCGAGGACGACAUUCUACUCAAGGAUGAGCUAGCAGAGCUGGAGAACACAUAUCCCCAACGCUUCCGUGCCUUUUACGUUCUCGACAAGCCCCCAGAAAAGUGGCAGGGUGGAAAGGGCUUCGUGUCAAAGGAACUCCUCAAGACUCUUUUGCCAGAGCCCAAGGAGGGUGAUAAGAUCAAGAUCUUCGUUUGCGGUCCUCCGCCAAUGUACAACGCUAUCAGUGGCGGCAAGAAGAGCCCGUCGGACCAGGGCGAGCUGGAUGGCUACCUGAAGGAGCUCGGAUAUAGCAAAGAUCAAGUGUACAAGUUCUAAGCUGUGGAAACUCCUGUAUCAGUAUAUCUUACGCGCAGGCUUCUGUUUCUGAUUAGAAUAGACGUCCAUCCUCGGCUUUCUCAGAGAGCGG